UCAUAUUUAUUUCUAGCAAUCAAAACCCGCACAGCUCAAUGUCAACAGAGAUAUUAAAUACCAAUGUUUGUUAUCUUUGAUGUAUAUAAACCAACCAACAGCUGUCGAUUACUUUUCUUGGAAAGUGUUGUAAUUAGUGAGUGGCGUAAACUGUCACUUUUAUAUUUUUGAUAGCUUGUGCCGAUCAUCGUGCGGGUUCAUGUGAAUAGUUAUACUGGUUUUCCACUGCCUUUGAGAUCAUGAAAUACUGCAGUACCAGAGGGAAAGUUUCAGGGCUGUCCUUUGAAGAUGUCCUCUUUUCUGGUUACUUGGCUGAUGGUGGCAUGGCACUGCCAGAAGUCAUUCCAGAGGUGCCCUCAGAAACACUCAAGUCAUGGGUUGGGCUUUCGUAUAAGGAACUAGUGCAAAAGAUUGUUCCAUUAUAUGUCUCGCAGGAAGAAUUACCACUCGUUGUCUUGGAAGAACUGGUGGGACAAGCUCUCUCAACAUUUGAUGUACCAGAAAUUAUUCCUAUUGUUUGUUUUCCUGGGGGCUUAAACAUAAUGGAACUAUUUCAUGGACAGACUUGGGCUUUCAAAGACUUGGCCAUGUCUAUUCUUGGACAGUUUUUCAACUUUUUUCUUAACAAAAGACAAAAACAUCUUAUGCUGGUUGUUGGUACAUCAGGGGACACAGGCAGUUCUGCAAUAGCAGCUGUUAGAGGCCUCAAGUGGGUGGACAUAGUGGUUGUUUUACCUCGUGAUCGCUGUACUCUGAUUCAAGAACUGCAGAUGACCACAGUCAAGGAAGACAAUGUUUUUGUCUUCAGAGCUGAUGGAAGCUCCGAUGAUCUUGAUGUGCCAAUCAGGGAAAUAUUUGAUGAUGCUGAUUUUGUGAAAAAACACCACCUUUGCUCAGCUAAUUCUCUUAACUGGGCACGCAUCAUGGUGCAGAUUGUUCAUUUCUUCUAUGCAUAUAUUAAGCUUUGUCCAGAAUGUGACCAAGAGCUAGAAAUUGUGGUACCAACAGGUGGAGCUGGCAACAUUACAGCUGGUUUUAUAGCACACAAGAUGGGUCUUCCAGUUAAACUUGUAUGUGUUGCCAACUCCAAUGAUGGCAUUGCACAAAUGGUAGGCAGUGGCUUCUACAAGCUUUCAAAUGUCAAGCCAUCAUUGGCACCUGCUAUGGACAUAAAGUUUGCUUACAACAUUGAGCGCCUAUGGUACUUGUGCUCAGAGCGCAAUUCAGAGUUGGUCAGAAAGAUGAUGGAAGAAGUGGAGAUGGAAGGGAAAGUAGAAACUCCUGACAGCAUUUUAGAAGAAUUGCAAAUGGUCUUGAGUGCAUAUGGAGCUGAUGAUGAAGACAUCAAAAGGACACUCAGACAAUGCUGGGAAGAGAACCAUUACCUUCUCUGUCCACACUCUGCCACAGCAGUAGCUUACUAUUACAAGAAACAAGCUUCAGUACACAAUUUGUCACAGCUUUCUGUGUGUUUCGCUACUGCAUCUCCUCUGAAAUUUGGAGAAGCACUGACAGCAGCAGGACUAAAGCCUAUUUCUACAGAAGCCAUCCAGAAGCUUAUGCAGUUACCAACACAAUAUGUAGACAUGGAACUAACAGAUGAUUGGAAGGCAAUGCUGCGGGAAAAAGUUGAGGAAAUGACAGCAUCUUUUAAUCUCCGAAAUAAGCAGUAGAUAUCAAAUAUUUGUACCAGGAUAUUUUUUCAUGGUGUAUGGAGAUAGAGCAAAAGUUUUAAGUUUGAAUGACCAGCAACCUCCAUAUUUCAAAUGCAGUCAAUAGAGCUUUGUUUUUUUUUUAAACUUAAGCAUUUUAUCCCAGAGCUUUAAAUACCUUUCAGAUAGCACAUCUUUAUAGCUUUUUUUAAACAUUUUUAAAAAAUCAAAACUGUCUCAAAGUCUCAAAGUUAGGGAUGAAGAGUAUAUACUUAAAGCUGGGAAACACCAAAUGAAAGAAAAAGAUAAAUAUAUGCAUUCACUACUAAGUGGAAAAAACACCAGGAAAACAACAGCAAUUUUAUUUGGAACCAAUAAAUCUUUCUCUCUCUCUCAUACACACACUGCAUGAAAACCAUUCAGCUUGAUGCUUACUUACAGAACAUCAAUUUUUUUGCAAUAUUUACUUCUUUGAGCGCUUGAUGCCAGUUCCAGUGUUUCAUGAUCUGUUAAAAUCUUUCACACAAAAUUAA